CGAACAGCCAGCCAGUCAAAGAGCAACGCAGAACCAACAAAGCCGCCCAGAUGUCUGGGCUCCAGUCAGUGGGCCGCCGCUGCAGUGGCCGGGAUGGACUGCCAGGACUGGACACAGGGGUCAGGCCCUGGCAACUGAGCAACAGGGCUGGAACAGGUCACGUCCUGCCUAAAAGGCAUGGCCAUCUAAACCCACCCCCAGGCCGUCAGCGAAGGAAGGAUCCACUGGACUUGUGGUUCACCCCUGUGGUGGCUCCGUGGCUUGCUCGACCACCGCGCUCCCGCCCGUGGUGGCCCACUGGCAGUCCAGCCAGUGCCAUGUUGCGUCAACAGGGCCCGAGGAUCAUGCCAGAGUGCGAGAAUGUCCAUGUCCAUGUCACUCUGCCCUACGCCUUCUCUCAAGUUGCUGCUAUGCCCACAGCCUUGAGACCCCUCCUCGACAAUCUCAUCUUCACAACAUCACCAGGGCACGUAGUCCAGUCCCCGGCUCACCUUGCACGUUACACAGCUCAACACAAACUGCCUUGGGUCCAGUCCCGUGUCUGCUCGGUCCGCAUCGGUUUCCCUCGUCAUUGCCGUCGAGACUUUUCAGACCUCAGCUGUGUUGGGAUCUGGGCUGCUGAAAGGCUGGCUGUGCACAACCGUUGUCUGCGUCCUCAUUCGCCAGCGGCCGCGAUCGCAGUUCACGGACCGGACAAAGCGAAGACGUCGCCACCACUCUGCUCCCAGCUCGUUGGGCCCAGCUGGAUUAUUUACAUAUCCACAGUCACAUCCAGCCCUCAACCAUCGGCUCUUGGCUAGGUACCUCGGAAUUAAUGACGCCGCUAGUCGCCUGGGCUUAGCAUGUCACGCUGCGAAUCUCAGCUGCUUCUGUCGUCGUGCUCAGCUACCCACUACCGCCAUCCACCUUCAAGCAGCAUGCCGCUCCCUCCUAUCUAUAGGGAGUCUGCUCCCGCCGUAGCCAGCGAAAUGGCGCCGGCAUCACGCGACCACUUCCCUUCGCAUCGCGACGACGACCGCUUUGGCAGAAGCAUAUCCAUGAACAUCCCCGGUGUUGACUCGAGACCCGACGCUCCGCCACCACUACCACCCCCUCGCAACCCGCCCUGUACCGACAA